AUGAUGGGGAAAUCUGAAACAAUGGCAAGAGAGAUUGUUACUGGUUGCAGAGAAUCAGAUAUAAAGGAGGCAAUGGACCUCUGCUGCAAUUAUUUACCAGGAGAUUUAAUGUUGGAUAUCCUUUCAAGACUACCUGUAAAGUCUCUUAUGCGGUUCAAGUGCGUAUCAAAAACUUGGUGUUCUCUUCCCCACUCUGCUCCUUUCAUCACCAUGCAUCUUCUCAAUCAAAACAACAAUACCAGUAACACUGUUGUUCUACUCAGUUUACCCUAUUUUGUUACUGACCUGGGUGAUACCUUUGUGUUCAUGACUCAACCUCAUGUUACACCUUGUGGAACCCAGCCACUAGAGAGAAUAGAAGAUGAUUAUGGUUGUCAGAGACCCACCAAAGUUGAGGUAUUUACCUUGAGCACUAAUACUUGGAGGGAGGUUAAGGCAGUGGUGCCGUGUGCAAUUAGUGAAAGACAUUCAGUCGUUACCAAGAAUAGAUUUUUGCAUUGGAUGGCUACUGGAUUUGGGAAUCGGAUAAGUUAUAAUUACGUACUUACGUUUGAUUUGGAAAAUGAGGUGUUUAGGCAAAUAACAGUGCCAUAUGCUGAUACUCCUUGGUUGGAAACAUAUAGGAGACUUGUGGAAUAUAAAGAAUCACUAGCCAUGUUUGUUUACCUAGAAAGUUGGUUUCCAGGAGUGACUGUUCGCUGUGAGAUGUGGGUGAUGAAUGACUAUGGUGGUGGUGGUACUAAGGAGGUGUCUUGGAUUAAAGAACUAAGAGUUGAACAUCUUUCAAGGGUUGGGAGACCAUUGGGGUGGUUGAAUGGGGACAUCGUCUUUGGACCUUGGCUAGGAUACGGCCAUAACGUUUUCUUGUAUGACCCCCACACCAAACAAGUCAAAGAUAUCUCAACUCAUGAGGGCUCUGGUUAUUUCUUUCCUUACAAAGAGAGUUUAGUUCUCGCUAGAGGAGGAAUAAACUAUCGAAGUUGCCCAGUUUGUUGUUGCCGUUCAGGGUAG